CCUCAGCACUGUAAUGCAGCCGUUUGGGGAGCCAGUGGAAGUUUCUCCCUCUGUGUAUUUCCUUCUUUCUUUCAAAUUCUGCCUUUUAAAUAAAAAUAAAAUAUCAAAAAAUAAAAUAAAGCCAAUAUUACAGGACAGGCGCAUUCUGCAGAAUAGCUUGUGAAGGGCUUUGCAUUCUAUAAACACACACUUGUAUCAUGUAAGGCAGUGCUAGACAUUAGGAAAAGCACAUUAGGUAAUUUUUGCCUUUCCAGAACUUAAAAUGCAGACAUUCACUACUGAUAAUUAUUCACGGUUACACAUAAUAAUUGCAUGAGUGAAAUCUGUUCUUUUUCUGCUUUGUUUUGGAGAGGAACUGUGUCUGAAAAUGCUUAUGUUCUUGAAAUUCUGAGGCAUUUUUAUCCAAUGGGAGAAAUGCAGAAAGAAUUUGAAUAACUAGAUAAAAAUCUGUUUGUAAGCAGUGAUUUUUUUUUUUAAGGAUUUGGGUAACUAAAUAUUAUUGGAAAUAAUUGUAUUAUGUAGAAGUUAGGCAUGGUUCCAUAUGAUUUAUGAAUAUUAAAAAAACUGAAGUUUACUAGAAAUGAACUUUUUUUGCAGAGCAUUUGCGUAUCAUUUCAGUAAGUUUAUUUCUGCUGUUUGAAGUCAUUGAAGCCUAUACAUUUUUACUGUGUUUGUGUUUCAUCUUAGUGUGAAAUUUUAUAUGUGGUAAGAAUGAGGACUUUGAAUGUAGUUGGUCAAAUUUAACAAAUAUUUGAGGGUUUUUUUGAGUAGGUACAUGGUUUAGAUUUUCAAGGCAUAAAACUUAACAGUGAACAUAACCUUCAACUGAUGCUAGACUGUUGAAGACAAUGCGUAUAAGCGCAGAAACAGGAUUGUGCAAGGUGUGAGCUCAAAACUAUUUUGGGCCUUAGUGGUCUAGUAUAGUUAGAGUACAUUGUUCUUGUUUUAAGUUGGAAGAGGAAAAGUAGGUUGUGUGGCUGCUAAACUCGGCCUGAAUGAUAGCUAAAGGACUGUUUCGCUGAGAAGUGUGAUUUGGAGUGGGUAGUAGUGCUCUCUGGGCCAUUCAACAUCAGCUUUAACGAAUACAAUGGAAAGUACAAGAUUUUCCUGUAUCUGUUAGUGAUUAACAGCAUGGAUUAUGGAGCCAAAUUACUUUAAACUUAAAUCCUGAUACCUCUUCUUGCCUCCAUGUCUUUUAUAAAAUUGUUUCAGAGUUAUGAAAACUGAUACAGUUUUUGUAUGUUUUUACACAUACAGUAUGUGUAAAAUACUUAGAAGAUGAAGUACUCUGUGUUAAUAGUUGUUACCAAUUAUGCCAUUAGGUUUUCUGUGGUGAGAAUUCAAGACACUGACUGGCUUUGUUAGCGUAUCAUGCUAUAUGUUAUUAUCAGUUUUAUGCUUUUCUACUGCUUUGUCAGACUAAUGAAGUUACUUGGCAAUAAAUUUUUAUCUUACAGGAAACAUCUACUUAAAGACAGGAACAUAAAUGUGGUUUAUCAUAUGGCAUUUAUUAGAUGUGAAUUCUGAUUCCAAAGAAGAAUGUGUUUUAUAGAAAUGAGUGUUAUAAAACUUUGUUACAGUUAUUAUUUUCAUUGUUUUUAUGUCUGGUAACAUACUUAACAAAAUGUGUGCAUUUUAAAGUAUCUUAAUGCACUCAUAUUUUUUUCCAGUAUUAAAGCGUGAAAUAAAUCCUCGUAUUUCAAGAUUAUUUAAAAGAAGUUGUAAUUACUGCUCAGCACCUAGGACAGCAUCCGCUACAACACAAUAUACAUGAACUCUGGCUUAAGCUUUGUGUUAUUCUUGGAAAAUUUCGCACCACUUGUGAAUUCCUUGAACCUGGGCAUUGCAAAUCCACUUCUUUUGGGCCCAUCUCCUUUGCACUUUGCUCAGAUUAAGACUCAGUUGGCUCUUCAGCAGCUGAAUGCCGUUGCCUCACAUGGUUCAGUACCACCUUACACUUUAUUAAAUCAGGCUUUCUUGAAAAUAGCCAUGUCGAGACCCAGGUUUAAUCCUCGAGGAAACUUUCCACUUCCAAGGCCACGAGCACCCAACCCUUCUGGGAUGAGGCCUCCAGGACCAUUUAUGAGGCCUGGAUCUAUGGGUCUUCCAAGAUUUUACCCAGCAGGGAGAGCCCGUGGAAUUCCACACAGAUUUGUUACUCAUGAAUCUUAUCAGAACAUGGGACCACAGAGAAUGAAUGUUCAGGUAACUCAGCACCGAACUGAUCCAAGAUUGACCAAAGAAAAAUUGGAUUUUCAUGAAGCACAACAAAAGAAGGGGAAGCCUCACGGUAGCCGGUGGGAUGAUGAGCCUCAUAUAUCUGCAUCUGUAGGAGUGAAACAGAGUUCUGUAACACAGGUUACUGAGCAGAGUCCCAAGGUACAGAGCCGCUAUACAAAAGAGAGUGCCUCAAGUAUCUUAGCAAGUUUUGGAUUAUCUAAUGAAGAUCUAGAAGAACUUAGUCGUUAUCCUGAUGAACAGCUAACUCCUGAAAAUAUGCCAUUAAUUUUGAGGGAUAUAAGAAUGCGAAAAAUGGGGCGCCGAUUACCUAAUUUACCCUCUCAAAGUAGAAAUAAAGAAACGCUUGGUAGUGAAACAGUUUCAAGUAAUGUGAUUGAUUAUGGGCAUGCAAGCAAAUAUGGUUACACGGAAGAUCCACUUGAAGUACGUAUUUACGAUCCUGAAAUUCCAACUGAAGAGGUCAAGAAUGAAUUUCAAUCACAGCAGAACCUUUCUGCAUCUGUUCCCACUCCAAAUGUAAUAUGUAAUUCUAUGUUUCCUGUUGAAGAUGUGUUUCGCCAGAUGGACUUCCCUGGUGAGUCCUCCAGUAAUCAGUCUUUUUUCCCAGUUGAGAGUGGAACCAAGAUGUCAGGCUUACACAUUUCAGGAGGACAGUCAGGACUUGAACCUGUAAAAUCCAUCAGUCAAUCCAUUAGCCAAACAGUUAGCCAGACAAUGAGUCAGUCUCUGAUUCCUCCUUCUAUGAACCAGCAGCCUUUUUCAUCUGAAUUAAUUUCAGCUGUGAACCAGCGAGAGCGGAUUCCACAUAAAUCCGUGAUGAGUUCAUCUAAUGUACAUGUUGGCUCAAGAGGAAGUAAAAAGAGUUACCAGUCGGAGGCUGAUCUUCCCAUUCAGUCUCCAUUUGGGAUUGUGAAAGCGUCUUGGUUACCAAAGUUUUCACAUGCUGAUGCCCAGAAGAUGAAAAGACUUCCAACUCCUUCUAUGAUGAAUGAUUAUUAUGCAGCAUCUCCAAGAAUAUUUCCACAUUUGUGUUCUCUGUGUAACGUAGAAUGUAGUCAUUUGAAGGAUUGGAUUCAGCAUCAGAAUACAUCUACUCAUAUUGAGAGCUGUCGACAACUACGUCAACAGUAUCCUGAUUGGAAUCCUGAAAUUCUUCCAUCAAGAAGGUACUACUUUAAUAGAAAAGAAAAUGAAACUCCAAGAAGGCGAUCUCAUUCACCCAGUCCCAGACGAUCUAGAAGAUCAAGCUCAAGUCAUAGGUUCCGUCGGUCUCGAAGCCCAAUGCGUUACAUGUACCGACCAAGAAGUCGAAGUCCAAGAUUUUUCCAUCAUUUCGUUUCUAGAUACAGAUCACGAUCUAGAUCCCGUUCACCAUAUAGAAUUAGAAAUCCGUUUAGAGGUAGUCCAAAAUACUAUCGAUCCGUUAGCCCUGAAAGGACAUCACGGAGAUCAGUGAGAUCAUCAGACAGAAAAAAAGCAUUGGAAGAUGUAGGACAAAGGUCUGGACAUGGAACCGAAUCUGGUAAACAGAAGCAUCCAGAAGCAGUGGAUAAAGGACAUUCACCAGCACAAAAGUCCAAAACUGGCAGUGGAACAAAGCCAUCAGUGAAAGGUGCAAGCUCUGCAAAGAGUGAUUCCAAUUUAGGAGGGCAUUCUACUCGAAAACUAAAGAAUCCGGAUGAUGACACCUCACCUGAAUGUAAACAGGUGUCUGACAAAACUGUUUCUGUCCAGCGAAAGGUCCGGAAAGAGCAGUCUUUGCAUUAUGGUUCAGUUCUUCUUGUGUCUGAGUUACCAGAGGAUGGCUGUACUGAAGAAGAUAUUAGAAAAGUAUUUCAACCGUUUGGAAAAGUUAAUGAUGUUCUGGUUGUUCCAUAUAGAAAGGAGGCUUAUUUGGAAAUGGAAUCUAAAGAGGUCGUUAUUGCAGUAAUGAAGUACAUUGAAACAACACCUCUUCUGAUAAAAGGAAAAGAUGUGAAAAUACGUAUUCCAGCAGGAAAGAAAAAAGUACAGAACAAAGAAGUGAAGAAAAAGACUUUGGAUUCCAAGAAAGUGUCUGGAUCUACAAUAAAAAAAGAUACAGACUCUUCAAAAACUGCUGAAACUGUUACUUUUACUGCCAAAACUGGACAAGCCAAGACAUCUGCAUCAAAAGUAAUCAAAUCUGCAGGGAAAUCAGCAAGUUCUGUAAAAUCUGUGGUAACUGUAGCUGCUAAAGGUAAAGCAUCAGUCAAAACAGCAAAAUCUACCGGAAAGAAGUCCCUCGAAGCAAAAAAGGCUGGGAAUAUCAAAAGUAAAGAUUCCAGUAAACCUGUGACUGUAUCAGAAACCUCAGAAACACUGGCUGACGUGGAGGCCAAAGUCACAGAAAACUCUGCUAAACAGUCUGUUUCAGCUGCUUUGGAUACCACAGAGAAUGAACCAGUUAAGGAAGCAGAGGAAAUGUGUGUGGUGCUUAUUUCAAAUUUGCCUAAUAAAGGAUAUUCUGUAGAAGAAAUUCAUAACUUGGCAAAACCCUUUGGUGGUUUAAAGGAUAUCUUGAUUUUAUCAUCUCAUAAAAAGGCAUAUAUAGAAAUAACUAGAAAAGCUGCAGACUCUAUGGUAAAAUUUUACACCUGUUUCCCAAUAUCCAUGGAUGGAAAUCAACUCUUAAUAAGUGUGGCUCCUGAAAAUAUGAAUAUAAAAGAUGAGGAAGCUGUAUUUACAACCUUAAUUAAAGAAAAUGACCCAAAUGCAAAUAUUGAUGAAAUUUAUAGUAGACUUGUACAUCUUGAUAAUUUACCAGAAGAUGGACUUCAGUGUGUACUUUGUGUUGGACUUCAGUUUGGAAAAGUAGAUCACCAUGUAUUCAUGAAUAAUAAAAAUAAGGCAAUUCUUCAGUUAGAUAGUCCUGAGUCUGCUCAAUCAAUGUACAGCUUUCUGAAAGAUAAUCCACAGAAUAUAGGAGACCAUAUGUUAAUCUGCACAUUAUCUCCAAAAAUAGACUCAACAGAGCCUCAAACUGAGAAUGACCAAGGACUAGGAAAAGAAAGCCCUGAUUUGAGAAACAGUCCAGUUAAUGAAACUGAGGUACAGACAGCAACUGAUUUCAACUCAGUUCAACCCAAUGAGGUUGAUGAAGAAAACACUCUUAGGAAACAAACAGAAACUUUGGUACAGCAAGAAGAGCCUUACGAGGAAGAUCCUGGAAAAGCACUCUGUGAUUUUGACUUUUCUCUUAAGACAUUGGAAGAUGAAAAUCAAGAAGGGGAGAUCAAAGUAGAAAUUCCUCUUUUCACACCCACUCCCACUAGUAUUGCACUGUUAACUGAAAAUUUAGAGAAGCCUGCUUUAAAUAAGCAGGUCUCUUCCAGCAACUGUGAGAAAGACCAGGCAGAAAUUAAUACUGAAACAGAAUUAUCAGCAUGUGACAGUACAUUUAUGGAAGAAAGGAACAUCAAAGACAAUUUAGAACAAUCUCCAUCUGAAGCAGAAUUCUUUUCUGGAAUUACACAGUCUGUUGUAGAAGCUGUAGCUGAAGUGGACAAACAAACAGUUUCAGAAAUAAUGCCAGCUGCUUGUGUUGUGACUUUAGUACCAAGAGUUUCCUCUGGUGAUGAGAAGGCAGUGAGUAAAAAGGAUAAUUCUGAAGAAACUAACACUGAUGCGAGUGAAAACACUGACCUUACUACCAAGGAAACCAGAAUAGAUCUACAAGCAGGAACAGAAGAGGCUGAAAAGAAUGACGUUAAGAUGGUUGCAGAAAAAUUGGGUAAGAUUAUGGCAGCCGUGAGAGAGAACCCUGCAGAAAUCGCUCUAAUUAAGGCAUUCCCAAAUAAAGCAUUAGGACAGACCAAUAAGCCUGAUGAAACUAGUAAAACUAGUGUGUUGGCUGUGUCACAUGUAGUUAGCAGUAAAUCAGACAUCAAGGCUACAAUGAUUCCUACUGCUAAGGCAAAAACUGCUCCCAAAACUGAAAACCAGAAGAAUUUUUUUAAAUCUGUGCUCAGAGAUCAAAUAAAUGCUGAAAAGAAACUUGGAUUCAAGGAAUUUGGACUGUUGAAACCUACAAGUGCCUGGUCAGGCUUGGCAGAAAGCAGCAGUAAAUUCAAACCUACUCAGAGUGGCAUUAUCAGAGGAGGCAGUGGAAGGAUCACAGCUUUGCAAGGCAAAGAUUCUAAACAGUCUCAGGAAGCAGAAGCUAGAUCUUCCAGCAUGAAAUGGGAUAACUGCAACAAUAAGACUUUGGCUGAACAAAACACUAAGAAUUCUAAAAGCACUACUGGUAGAAGUUCCAAAUUUAAUGAGGAACCAUUAUUUUCAUUUAAUUUGGAUGAAUAUGUGACUGUGGAUGAGGUUAUAGAAGAAGUGAAUCCUCAAGGCAAACAAAAUCCAUUAAAAGGAAAAAAGAAAGAAACUCUUAAAAAUGUUCCUGACCUUAACUUAAAGAAGAAGAAGGGAAAGACUGCUGGCCCUCAUGGUGUCGAGGGAGAGUUAUCCUUUGUAACAUUGGACGAGAUUGGGGAAGAGGAAGAUGCAAGUGCACAUCUUGCACAAGCUCUAGUCACUGUAGAUGAAGUAAUUGAUGAAGAAGAAUUAAACAUGGAAGAAAUGGUAAAAAAUUCGAAUUCACUUCUGACAUUAGAUGAAUUAAUUGACCAAGAUGAUUGCAUUUCCCACAGUGAGCCUAAAGAUGUUACUGUUCUGUCAAUGGUUGAAGAACAGGAUCUGCUCAAACAGGAACGCUUGGUAACUGUGGAUGAAAUUGGAGAAGUGGAAGAACUACCUUUAAAUGAGUCAACAGACCUAACUUUCACUACUUUAAAUACUAAAGGAGAUGAAGCGAGUAAUGUAAGGGAGUCCAUGGGGUUCAUUUCUUCACAGAUGCCUGAAGACCCUUCUGCCCUGGUUACUGUAGAUGAAAUACAGGACGAUAGCAGUGACUUGCAUUUAGUGACUUUGGAUGAAGUAACUGAAGAGGAUGAGGACUCGCUUGCUGAUUUUAACAACCUUAAAGAGGAGCUUAAUUUUGUUACUGUUGAUGAAGUUGGAGAGGAGGAAGAUGGAGAUGGUGAUUUAAAAGUAGAGUUAGCACAAAGCAAAAGUGACUCUCCCACAGAUAAAAAGGGAGAUGGAAAGAGAAGAGCUGUGGAGACAAAGAAGACAAAACUUGAAGCUUUGUCUGCAGUGGAUGCAGCAAAUGAAAAUGUCAUGGAAGAAGAUCUGAAAGUGAUGAUUCAAAGACACCUAGCAGCUAAGGCACCAACCAAAAGAACUAGAAUUCUGAAAGCACCAUCAUCAGACAAAGCUGCUGGGGUGGACGCAGGCGCAGAUGAAGAGGCCUUUCAAAUUGAUGGAGUUGAUGAAGAAUCUGAAUUAAAGGAUUUGGAACCAGAGCAAAAACGCAAGAAAAUUGAAGACUCUUUAGGCAGAUCAGUGGCAUCUGAUAUCCCUGAAGGUGAAAAGGCAAUGACAAAUCACUGCAAGAGCACACGUCAUAAGCUAAAUACAGAGAAAUUCAUGGCCAAGCAAAGAAAAGAAAAGGAGCAGAGUGAGGCUGAAGAAAGAAGCUCUAGGUGAUGGGGUCAGAAAAGGGAAAAAAACUGUUAGAAAUUUGUUUAGGGUCCAGUUGAUUUGUGUAUUUUUGUUAUCACUUAAUUUGUAAUUUUUGUUUAAGAAGCGAAUAUUCAUGUUGUACAAAUUUCUGAUUACGCUUAAUGUAGAGACUGAUGGGGAAAGUAUGAUGGGUUUGAUUUUUAUAUCAAAUCAUCAGGCAUGGAGAAAUAUCUUUUAGAAGUGUUAAAAUAAAUGUUCCUACUGUAUAUUUAAAAUAA